GUACCUGAAGCCAGGGCAAACCCAAAUGUCGGUCUGAACAGCAAGGGAUGGCAGCAGUGGCUUUGAAAGGCUGUCAGGGUAAGGCAUGGCUGGGCGUGAGCACCGGAGCAAGGUGUUUGAAAAGACUGAUCAGCUUUGAUAUUGAAAGCUCUGUUAUGAACAGCCAGGAACAAGGGCUUUCAAUCGGCUCAAAAUAUACCCCAGGGUAUGCAGGUGGGGGGAUGACACACUGGGGUUUAUUUACAGAAGUGUGUAACUGGACAAAUAUACAUAAAUAACAAAACAUAAGCCAAAAUCAUACAUAUUGGGUUUUUUUCACCCACUGAGCUAUGCUGGCAGCAGACCCCCAUGUUUAUACGCUGCCUGUCAUUUUAAUCCUGUAUUGAUCUGUCCCACACAUUCCUCCUCCCUAUCUACUAUUAGAAAUUACACCAAAGCGGCAAAUCAUGAAGCUGAUGUUUCCAAGGGUGUUAUUUGUGUCACAGCAGCUGGAGCGCAUUAGUCGCCGAAGCUCCACACUGGAGGUUCUGGAUAUCCCCUCUGGCUGGGGUUUGAGAGAGAAGCUGGAGGGAUGGGACAGCAGAAACCAUCUCGCUGAGAUGCUGCACCAGCAUUCGGCCAGCGGUGCCGGGUGAAGGAGCUCCCGUCCAUCUCGUCCGGGGCCCCGCAUGGUCCCAGGCGGCAGCUCAGCAGUUUGCUUCCUUAACAAGCCGUCCCCGGGGAACGCCGGCUCCGUCUUCACAUCCCAGGAGGAGCUGGCAGUUGGUUUCUUGUUAAGACAAGAUCCUUCUUAACAUGUUCCUGGGUGGAGCUGAGCCUGCUGCAGGGCAGAGCCAUAACGUAGGGAGCUGAAGUCUACGCCGUGCUCUGGGGGGAGCAGAAACGGGGCUGCAAGGAGACCCGCACGGCGGAUGCUCGAGCAAGCGCCAUAUAUACAAACCUCUACAAACGGAGCAGCAAAUCAGCGGUGUUGCAAGACAGCGAGACCUUCCCCGCGAAGCACCUGCCAGUGGAGUGGAGAUGGCAAGAAAUACGUGUUGCAAACUUUCUGCUGAGUUACGGAGAAUCAGCCGGGGAUUGCAGCAGGCAAGAAUUUGUGACAACCAUCUGAGCUCUGGCAGAAGAAGAGCCACUCCAGUGAUGUGCGCCGUGCUCAGCCCUCGCCUUGGGGAUUUCAUCCUUUCCUCCAGGGCACACAUCAUGUAUGAAGAGGUAUGAGACCAAUAGCGGGUUGGCUACAGAGAGCAGAAAGGACUUUAGUUUAUGGGAUGGGGUAACACCGCAGUGACUGGGCAUCCCUCCACUGAGCAUCUACUAGAAGAGACUGCUGAUACGACCUAUUUCUUUUCAAACAGGGGCUUUUGCAGCUCAACCCCGACCCAACCCAGUCCAUAAGACCCAGCUCAUGGUUAUCUCUACAGAAGCAGCCAAGGAGGUCUGGAGCACUUGCUAUACAGCAGUCUUGUGAAGACAACAAUCUGAAGACAAUGCAUCUGUGACCCCUGAUACCAGCUUGUGAGUUGGGGCGAUGGAAGUUAUAGAGGGUCGCCAGCAUACUGGUCCUGUGAUAGCUCCAAAUGGAUAUGCAAGCAGGAUUUUCCACGCAAACAUGGAGGAAGGUAGUACUGACACACUGGAGGUCUGUGGUGCUGAGCGCUGCACCUCCAGUGAUGCGAUCUCGAAUGAACGGGAGGAAGCACCCAGGUAUAAGAAGGUGACCAAGGGCAACCGGAUCUGGAAUUUUGUUAGACGAAGGAAAGGACUCUCUACGAAUAAAGGAAGACCCCAGUCCAUGAUCCUACUGGGAGUUACCUCUGAGGUCUCAGAAUUAAAAAAAACAUCCUUCUUGGACAGGGUAAGGCCAUUAAAAAAGGGAAGAACCUCCAGGAUGCCUAAGAAUGUGGAUUUGAGAGCAUCCAGAGUUCAGGUUGCUUGUGACCCUGAGGAGGACCAUCAAGCCAGUGGGCAAAGAGCUGUCUACAGGGUUAAGAAAUUGGGUGACAGUCGGAGGCCCUCCCGCCACUCAUAUGCGGGGUACAUUGACGAUUUGGAUUCUUCUUUUGAAGACAUAGAACUGAAUAUCAGCAUUCCUGAAACUGAUGCCAAUGAAAGUAAAUGUCUCAGGGAUAUUAGUGUCAGAUUACACAGUGAAGGUAAUGAUAGUAACUGCCAUAGAAUACCAGCUAGAAAGAGCGAGUCUUUGAAUUUUGAAAACUUCAGGAGUCCUGCAAUUACAGAAGGGGACAAUCAAAAGAGGUGUACUGUGCUCCCACAGGAGAGCAGAAGAGGAAGAAGCUCUGAUGUCUGGAGCUAUCUGAAAGGAAUUUCAUUAACUAGCAAAGAUAAUUCAAAGCUUCCAGAUCAAAGGGCUGAAACCAAUUUCCAGAACUUAGAAAAUAUAACUGAUCAUUCUACUCCUUAUUUCGACUUUGAUAUGAGAUGUGAGGAGAAUCUCAGCCAGCGGAAAAAAUCAAACAGUGCAACCAAAGCCACUCACUUUGGGGGUGUUGUGAGGUUCUUCACCAGUGUGGCCGAGGCAGCUCGGAGGCUGCGAGGCUCCUCAAGGGCAUUUUCACCUGAUGAGAAAAGGCCUCAGCGGAGUUUCCGAAGCUGGAGGCAGGAUGUUACCUCCCACAAGGAGGACUUGGUUAUCGAGAACGAGAGUGCAAGGGCCUUCUGCACGGUGGGAGCAUGUCUGCAGUCCCCAGAUUCAGGCACAUGGGACAAUCUGAGCUUUGAGAGUUUGGUAGGGAAGGAGCCCAUGCAGCACUGCAAAACCACAGGAGUGUCACAAGACAUUGGUUCCUCUGCCCUGGGCAGUGAGAAUGAUAGAUUUAAUGAAACAUCACUUUCUCCCUUUGGGCCAGAACCAUCCAUCUCCCACCUGCCAGAGCUUGCAGAUGACUGUUUCACUGAGCUAAAUACUAAAGACCCCUCCGAGGAUCUGAUUGACAUUUCACAGACAACUCCGACUAAACAGAUUCAGGAUUCGGGCAGUAUUCCAGAGAAGACACAGGUUGUGGGUGGGGACCUGCCAUGUUCUCAAGGUCUUCGUGUGAAUAAUCUGGAUACUGCAGACCUGGGCCAUUCUUCAGCUGCAGAUGGUGACUUUUCUGCAGUAACCGAGGCUCUGAUCCACCUUCCACAGACAUUGCUGACUAAACUUGACACCGAGGACAUGGCGUGUGCUCCAGUGGUUGCUAAAGACAUGGAUUCAUCUUCAGCAGUGGCUCAGGAGCUUUCAAAGACAGAACUGGAUAUGCAGGACUUGAGAAAUCCUGAGCUGCCUUGGCAAGACUUGUCUAGAGGUGAGCUGGGGAUUCGAGACUCUGGGAGAACACUGGAGAAGACACAGGUUGUGGGCAGGGACCUGCCGUGUUCUCAAGGUCUUCCUGUGAAUAAUCUGGAUACUGUGGACUUGGGCUGUUCUCCAGCUGCAGAUGGUGACUCUUCUGCAGUGACCGAGGCUUUGAUCCAACUUCCACAGACAUCGCUGACUAAACUUGAUACUGAGGACAUGGCGUGUGCUCCAGUGGUUGCUAAAGACAUGGAUCCAUCUCCAGCAGUGGCUCAGGAGCUUUCAAAGACAGAACUGGAUAUGCAGGACUUGAGAAAUCCUGAGCUGCCUUGGCAAGACUUGUCUAGAGGUGAGCUGGGGAUUCGAGACUCUGGGAGAACACUGGAGAAGACACAGGCCAUGGGCAGGGACCUGCCGUGUUCUCAAGGUCUUCCUGUGAAUAAUCUGGAUACUGUGGACUUGGGCUGUUCUCCAGCUGCAGAUGGUGACUCUUCUGCAGUGACUGAGGCUCUGAUCCACUGUACACAGAUGACCCUGACUAAAGAGAUUCAAGACACUGAUAGUACUCUGGAGAAGACACAGGUCAUGGGCAGGGACCUGCCACGUUCUCAAGACCUUCCUGUGAAUAAUCUGGAUGCUGCAGACCUGGGCUGCUCUCCAGUUGCUGAUGUUGACUUUUCUGUAGUGACUUUUUUAAAAUGUGCCACAGUUAAAGGACAGGUUUUAGAGCAGACUGAUUGCCGCAUUAAAAAGCGUGGAACCACUUCAUUUGUAGAGCAAAACUCUGUGGAGAUAACAGACAGCGGGGAACAAUUUAACUGUAACGACGAGUGCCAUCCGUUCCAAGUGCACAUCUCUAGAAUUGUCUCCUCUGGACGGCUCAAAAACGGAAAGCCGAUGUCUCAUCCUUCUCAACCAUCCCCACAAGCACCACCCUUCAAGGUCCUUGUGGAGAGAUGUCGCUCCGAACCCCUCUCCCAGAGCACCCCGAUGGGGCUGGACCAGGUGGGAGGACGCAUGCAGCACUUGCUCAGGAGACGUGCUGAGAACGAACAGUCUUCAAAGACUCUGAAGGUGCGCGGGAACUGCAGGAACGGUGGACGUCGAUGGAACCUCUUCAAGCCUGGAGCUGAGAAGCUGCAAAUCAGUAGGGAGAAAUCCAGGGAAGCCAAAGCCAACAGUGUCGCAGAAGGGGCAUCAGGAGGGCUGCAAGAAGCUGCAGGUGAUUUCUUUCCAUCCUCAUCCUCUUGCACGAAGCAGAGCUGUGGCUUCUGCUCCCAUCUGCCACAGCGUUGUGUCAUGACUCUCAGUAAGUCAUGGGACUGUGCCUAGGCUCUGCUUUCCCAAUAUAGACACGGUGGAUAAUUUCCUAUUUCCCUCAGAGUAAGCUCAGGCUGAUAGAGCAGCAGUAAGAAGUAACAAGUCCUGAGGAGUGUACUGCAUCAGGACUUUCAAAUACAUAAGCCUUUGUAUUUCUCCUGGUGCACCAGGGCAGGGCCUGAUUUGACCAUGCCCAUAAGCAGAGCUGAUUAUAAUCGGUUCAGUGGAGAGGGGAGAGUCCUCGUGCAGGAGAGCUGCUCAUUAAACCCACGCUUUUUGCAAGGUCAGUCAAUAAAGCACAAAGCAGAACAAGAAACUUUUUCUUCUUUUCUGCUUUUUCCUCUGUGUAGUUUCUGACAUUGCCGUUUAGUAUGUGCAUCAUGGAUCAUGCUGUUUCCAUUCUGCCUGGCAUCUCACUCCUGCACUGCUAAUUGCUGGACCUCCGCAGGCUUAGGCAGAUGAAAAUACUCUAUUAGAUUUGCUUUUUAACUGCAUAGGAAAUGUAAUGCGUUGGAUUUCAAAGGACCUUCCUGUGUUGUGGCAAAGCUGAAAUACACCCUUGGAUUUUCAUGGUGAAGAGCUUUCUCUUCUUUAUGUCUGUGCAGCUGUAUUUCUCAGGGACCACACUGGGGACAUUGACCCUGGAUUUACUAAGGUAGUUUCUAGCAGGUGAUAAUUUUUUUCUCACUUACCACUUUGUCCAGGAAUGUGUUGAUGUGAAGAUCUCUGCAAUUUAAUGUCAGAAAUGAAGGCAGAAUCACCAGAGUUCCUGUAAGAGUGCCUGGAGGGAGCAGUGGAAGGAAAGGACUUGUCUUGGAUUUUUCUGCAGUUUGGGCUUUGGUUUUUUUACCUUGUUUCCAGGCUCAACUGUAAGCCCUGAGAAGUAAAAUUAAGUAGUAAAUGUCUAUGGAAAUGUCUAUGUAAAUGUCUGUUACCUCUAUGUAAAUGUCUAUUACCUUGUCCCGGGCUCAACUGCAAGCCCUCUCAAGCCAGAGAAGUAAAAUUAAGAAGUAAAUGUCUAUGUAUUCUUUUAGGCCAGUUUUUUUUUUUUUAGAGAAAAGAGAGCUUAUGUAAGGUUGAAAUGAACAUCUGAAUUUGAGGGGUCCUUUUAAAGUGAACUUUCUUGGUCCCUGAAGUCUUUCUCUGUGACCAGGGUAAUUGGUGUUACCACAUCUGAUUUCUGCUGGAUUUGAGGGUUUUUUCUUUUCUUUUUCAAAAGUGGAAGUCUGAGACUGCUUCUAGAGUACAGGCUGGGGUGUGGAGCAGAUGCAAGGAGAAGAGAAAGCACUUGCAACAUGAUUGCCAGGGGCAUGAGAUUUUAGUCUGUCUUAAUGCUUUAAGUUCAAAUGAACUUAAAAAUAGUAGUUUUGUUGUUCUCACUGCAAUUCCAGACAAGCACAAUGGAAUCAGCCACCCAGACAGGCUCGCACUCCAUGCCAUUUCAGCAUGAUUUGUAUAGUGUUACAAAAGCUAUGAAAACUGAUUAGAUCAGUACAUCACUCCUUGUUGUAGCGCAGCCAGUGCUGGGGUAGAGCCUUGCAGUUGCGUAUGUAUGGCACAGCACAGCAGCUGAGGGCAGGAUGUUAGCAGGGAUGCACUAAGCCGUGCUAGGAUGCAGAUGACACCUGGUCAGGGUGCUCUGGAAGAAGCAUCUGGGCAUCUUGUAAGGCAACAGUGACAAAGCUUUGGCUUUAUUUCCCCCCCUCACAGCAUCAUGCAAGUGCUUUCAUUCUUCGACAGAGGAAAGAGCACCAUCUGCUGAGAUGCUAGCUCUGUUUGUGGAAGGAACUAGGAUUAACUGAGGACUCCAGAUGUGGUCCAAGACCAGCCUUGGUUAGUAUCUGACAUGCCACUGCUGCCCUUUGCUCAAGGGGUUAACCUGUUCAUCUGGAGCAUGGUUAGUUCUCAAGAGGGUGGUUAACUAGGGCUGGUGCACGAGUAUAUCGCAACAUCCCUGGCCUGCCUUUGAUUGUUGUCUGGCUGUUAGUAUUAAAUGAAAUGGUUAUAAAUAAAUCAAUCUUGACACAGGGGACAUAAUUCUGUCGUGUAUCACUUCUUGUUUUCUGAAAUAAAAUUAGAACUGGUGAAGAAUGGGAAAGAGUUCACUUACUACAGC